ACUGCAGCAAAGCCGGUGGAUUUAUUGGUGAGGUGAAGAUGUUCUGCGAACUUGUUGUUCUCCGACUGUGGCGACGGAAACAUCGCUGCUGACAUUUUUUCCACUAAUACGCGCGUGUGAGUGAGAGAAAAAUCGUAGAUUUCCUCUAACCCUCUCCUAUACCCUUCUCUCCAAGGAAAUGUCCUACAGUAUUUACACCCCCUCCUAUAUAGAAGACUCACAACUGUGAUCGAGAAUUCUAAACUGUGACUGACUCGGACACUUGCGAUUUAACCAUCGUCACAAAGUCUACCACAUUUAGUCACUCACCGACUCUUCACGAUGAUACUCCUUCCGAAUCACAGCUCCCUUGGAAAAUUUCCAGGACCGUUCUUAUAGAUCUCUAAUUUACCGAGACACUUUUCUCUUACAAUUUUAUUCUCGAUUGACCUGGAAAUAAAUCAAAAGGAUAUUUUAUUAAUCUUUUAAAAUUAAAUAAAAAAAACUAAAAUUUUUAUUGAAAAAGUGAACAUGGUGAAAAUUGUGAAAAUCUAUGUAGUGAAAUUAAAGAAUUUGAAGCAACGAAAAUAAAUAAACCUUAGUAGACUGAGACUUCUGAUUUUUUUUAUUUUCUCAAAAGAUUUUCCGUCGGUAAUUUUCCGGGACUUUGCGUGCAUAUUUUCACCCGUUGAGUGUUUUUCGCAAAGAUGAUAAAAUAGUGAAAAGUUUUGGGAUAAACGAAAAAAAAAAAACAUAAAAUCUAAGAAAAAAGUGUGAGGCCUGUGAGAUAAAACAAAGCAAUGAAUCUGGAAUCUCUACCACGUCCAGAGACGAUUCACGUCACAGCACCCGGUGCCCUCAAUCGACCACCGCCAAGCUCACAAACAAUGCCCCAGAGAUCACCUUUUGCAAUCCAGGAACUCCUGGGUCUCAGUGACUCCACCAGACACCAGAGUAAUGCCGUGUCUGCAGUAACCCCAUCACUCUAUCCUGCCGUCGGUCAGACACCCUUUUCGGCAGAUCACCAUCAAAUGACAAUGGCAGCCUCCCGGAUGGCAUAUUUCAAUGCACAUGCCGCCGUGGCUGCUGCUUUUUUGCCACACAACAUGGCCACAGGCGCCGCUGGACCCCUAUCUCUCCACCACCAAUCCUCAGGAUUUUCUCAACUUAAAACAUCUUUUGGUUCUGCUACAAGUCCAUGUUUGCCUGGUGUUAGCUCAUUAGAUGGAAGUAAAGAUUUUACAGUGGACGGCAUCAAUGGCUUUGGGGGCAAGAAGAAAAAGAAGAAGCGAAGACAUAGUCGGACAAUUUUUACAAGUUAUCAGCUCGAUGAACUAGAAAAAGCGUUUAAGGAGGCUCACUACCCAGACGUUUACGCCAGAGAAAUGCUAUCUCUCAAAACAGAUCUGCCAGAGGACAGAAUACAGGUUUGGUUCCAAAAUCGACGAGCCAAGUGGCGCAAAACAGAAAAAUGCUGGGGACGUAGCACAAUAAUGGCCGAAUAUGGACUUUAUGGUGCAAUGGUAAGACAUUCAUUGCCUCUGCCGGAGACAAUUCUCAAAUCGGCCAAAGAAAAUGAAUGUGUCGCACCAUGGCUUCUAGGUAUGGAGGAAAAAUGCAUGCAUCGAAAGUCCCUUGAGGCUGCUGAGGCCCUAAAGAAUGACGAGAGUGGAGCCAGUGAUCGUGAAGAUGCGACAUCAAAAGCCAGUGAUGCAAGUGGAACAACAUCUAGCAACAAACAUCCUCAUCCGCCAACCUCAUCUGGAACCACAGUGGGAAUUCCAUCGGCUGGAGAUGGAAAAUGUCAUAUGCAGCCGGGUCAACAUACACCUCACACAUCACAACCAGGGAGUGGGAAUGGAAGUGGAGAAGGUUCAGGAAAUGGGGGAAAUGUACAGGUUGGACCUCCGGAAACACCACCUCAGCUGACCUCACCGGCAAUUCCCACAGGUACCCCAACACACGCCCACAUUGCAGCUCUCGACAGGAAGGCACUCGCCCUACCCGGUUAUCAUCCACCAGACACAGACCCCGAAGCCUUCAGGUGGGUUGACUUCAGAGACCCCAUAUCGAUGAUACGGAAUAAUUCAAUAGCGUGUCUAAGAGCAAAGGCACAAGAACAUCAAGCAAGACUUCUCAAUAGUGGCCUCCUGUUGCAAGUACGGUCUCUAGCAGGCCUGCAAAGUCCCACAAAUAGUUCUCCCCAAUCCUGCGAUAGCAAUGCAAACAACUUGGGUCAUCAUUCACCUCCCGAAGGACAUCAUGUCGAACGAAAGUAUCAUCCACCGGCUGCAUCACCACUCAGGUCAGCCAAUGAACCUCCAACUGCAGCCAGUCCAAAUGUAACUUUCUGACACUAGGACCCUAACACAUUUGUCGUCAAUGGGACGCCUUCCUGUGAUCUCACUCACAUCUACCACCAUCGGAAAUGCUAGCCAAGAAGUAUCCCAAUAUAAAUUUCAAACACAAAUUUCUUUCAUUUUCUCCUCAUAAUCAUUUUCACCUGCUCAUGUGCGAGAAUUAUGAGACCAAAAAACACUACCAAGAACUCUGACAAAAAAAAUCGAGAACAGCAACAGAACAACGACGUAGAAGGAAGGAUCACGUAGAUACAACAAAGAAAAAAGGAGAUUAUCUAUAAAUAAACAAGACCUAAAAGCAUCGAAUUUCCGUACAAAGAAGUUUAUAGAAAUCUCUGAAGAACUGCUAAUAUGGAAAAAAACGAACUAAAACUGAAAUGAAAAGAAAGAACAAUAUAAUAAUUUUCCUAAAAUGCAAAGAGAAUAGAGAUCCUCAGCUAUUGACAAUAUGUAUUUUCAGUCAAUCCGAUUUAUUUUAUUAUAAAAUUUAAAAAAAAAACCUAUAGAAACUUUCAAAUUUAUCACUUUACCUAAAAAUUUUGCAAAUGUUUGUAGGAGAAAAGAAUUAAAUUCUACAAGUGAACAAGAAAGAGAAAAUAAAGGAAAAUAUAUUCCCCAUUAAAUAAAUGUAAAUAAUGAUGUAUAAUAUGUGCAAUAAUUCGUAAGAACUUGUGUAAUUCAUUCUCAAAGUGCAUAAUUUUAAGAAAGCAAAAAGAAAAUCCUUCUAGUGUAUUUAAAAAAAAGAAGCUAUAUAUAUAUUGAAAAAGAAAAUAAGUAAACGAAGAUAUUUCAGGUUUAGUUUCACUGUAAAAUGUAAUUUAAUUAGAAAUAAUAAAUGAUAGAAUAGUAUUAAAUAAUUGCAUAAAAUAAUUACAAUGUAAUUAGUAUAAAAUGUAAAACAGAGUUUAAAAAAAGUCACACCUAAAAAAUAUAUUGUCAAUUUUUAAUUGAAUUUAUUGCUCUGAAAGGGAAUUAAAUCAUUCACCGAGCAAAUAUUUCUAAAUGGCACUCAUGGGUUAAUUUUAAUUGUGUUGAAUAUUGUCAUGAAAAUCAACAUUCAAGAAAGAUGGCUAUAAAAACUCAAUUCUAUAUAAUUAUAUCUGUAAAUUCUCAGCAAGAAAAAAAAUGAAAAAUAUAAUUAAAGAAAAUAAAAGUCCAAACUAAAAAAAAA